AUCACAGGUGAUUUUACAAGUCCCGUUAGCAAUGAUGAAGUUCUUCCAUCUUUAUUGAAAUUAAAGUAUUUCAAGUUAAAAGCCUUCCCCUUUUCAUCUUCAUCUCAUAUUUUCACUCUUGCUCUCCUCUUUUCUAUUUGCUUUCACUUUCACUUGCUUUCUUCUGUUUCAAAUCCUUCAUCUCUGCAACUUUCUUCACUUGACUUUACGCACUCUUCUUUUCCAUUGUUUGCAUUUACUUCCUUUAAACAUUUCUUUGCAAAACAAAAAAGAAAAAAAAAAACAUGGCUAUGGUGGGUGAAGCUUUUCUCUCUGCUUCCAUUGAGGUGCUGCUUGAUAGGAUUGUUUCUGGGGAUGUUCUGUGGCUUAUCAAAGGAAAGAAACUUGAAGCUGUGCUGCUGAAGAAACUGAAGCCAACCUUGAUGUCGGUGAAAGCAGUGUUGGAUGAUGGUGAAAAUAAGCAGAUUACCAACCCAAAUGUCAAAAGCUGGACUGAUGAGCUCAAAGAUGCUGUUUAUGAUGCCGAGGACCUCCUGGACGAGAUCUCUACUGAAGCCCUUCGGAACAAGAUCGAAUCCGAUUAUCAAACUACUGCUAUGAAGCAGGUUCUGGGUCUGAAAGAAAGGUAUAAAGGAGAAAAGGCAUUUCAAAGAACGCCUGCAAUUUCUUUGGUGGACGAGUCUGAUGUUUAUGGCAGAGAUGAUGAAAAAGAAGAAAUAAUGAAGUUGUUGGAUCCUCAAAAUCUGUCUGAAAAUCAGAUAGCUGUGAUUCCCAUUGUGGGUAUGGGCGGGCUUGGCAAAACCACCGUUGCCCAAUUGAUCUACAACGACCCCAGAGUGGAUAAAUGGUUUGACCGCAAAGCAUGGGUGUGUGUUUCAGAGGAAUUUGAUGCUUUCAAGGUAACCAAAACCAUUCUUGAAGAGAUCAAAUGUAGCUGUGACGGAAACCAGAAUUUAAAUCAGCUUCAACUUAAACUCAAAGAGCAGCUGUCGGGAAAGAAAUAUCUAAUCAUUUUGGAUGAUGUUUGGAACAAGAAUUAUUUUCAUUGGAAAGACCUUGCAAGUCCCUUCACUUCUGGCGCCAAGAAUAGCAAGAUUAUUCUAACAACACGUGAUGAAAACGUUGCAGCAAUCAUGAGGAGCGUUCCAACAUAUCAUUUAGAUGUGUUAUCAGAUGAUGAUUGUUGGAAGUUAUUUGCAAAGCAUGCAUUUGAUGGUUCAAGCCCCACCAAGCAUCCAGAUCUGAUGGCAAUCGGGGAAGCAAUUGUUAAAAGAUGUGGCGGUAUCCCUUUGGCUGCAAAAGCUCUUGGAGGUCUUCUCCGUUGCAAACCAGAUGCUUAUGAGUGGAACAAAAUUUUACAUAGCAAUUUUUGGGACAUUCCAAAUGAUGCAACUAAUAUUCUUCCAGCGUUGACAUUGAGUUACCAUUAUCUUCCUUCCCAUUUGAAGCGAUGUUUUGCUUAUUGUUCAAUUUUCCCUAAAGAUUAUGAAUUUGAAAAGGAAGAACUUAUUCAAUUAUGGAUGGCUGAAGGUCUUUUAGAGCUUCCCAAAGACAAUGGAGAUCUGGAAGAACGGGGGACCGAGUACUUCAAAGAUCUAAGAAUUGAGGUCAUUUUUUCAACAAUCUAAAGGAAAGAAAUCUUGUUUUGUCAUGCAUGAUCUAAUUAGUGACUUUGGCUAAAUCUGUAACCGGAGAGUUCAUUUGCAGAUUGGAAGGUGGUGGUGGUGGUGGUGGUUCUUGUGUAAUAACCGAAAGGACCCGUCAUUUGUCUAAUGUCCAAGAAAAAUAUGAUGUGCGACAAAAAUUUCAGAGUUUAGCUAAAGCAAAGGGUCUGCGUACUUUCUUUAA